AUGGGCGACAACAGUUUCCUGCACCUCGCGCGGCCACUUGCGCCCGCCGCAGUCUCCUCCCAGGCCCCUAACACCGCCCCCGUCACCGUCAACAUCCAACCACAGGCACUCUUCAGCAUCCUCGACCACGCAUCCCGCCGACCAGCAGAGCAAGAGCGCGUUAUUGGCACACUUCUCGGAUCGCGAAGCGAAGAUGGCACCGAAGUCGAGAUUCGCAACUGCUACGCCGUGCCCCACACAGAGACUGCCGAGCAGGUCGAGGUGGAUAUGGACUACCAGAAGCGCAUGCUCGAGCUGCACCUGAAGGCCGCGCCAAAGGAGGUGCUCAUCGGCUGGUAUGCGACAAGCUCGGAGUUGAACACCUUUUCUGCCCUUAUCCAAAACUUCUACUCGCAGCAAGGAGAGGGCACAUUCCCACAUCCAGCAGUGCAUCUUACGGUCUCAACGAUCGCUGGUCAGGAUGUCAAGGCGGACACAUACAUCUCGGCACCAAUUGGCGUGACACCGGAGCGGGCGGCAGACAGCUGUCUGUUCAUCCCAGUGCCGCACGAGAUUAAGUAUGGUGAGGCGGAGAAGAGUGGUCUGGAGUUGAUUGCUGCAGCAAGGGACAGGGAGGACCGGUCACAGCUUCUGCAGACGGACAUUGAGACACUAGAGAGGGCUAUCGAGCAGGUGUUGGAGAUGCUUGAGCGCGUGUCGAACUACGUCUCAAAUGUGCUCGAUGAGGAGGCAGAGCCCAGCUCUGCACUCGGCCAGUUCUUGAUGAACACCCUCUCUUUGGCACCAAAGGUCGAGGCAGAAGAUAUCGAGAAAGACUUCAACAACCACAUCCAAGACGUCCUCCUCGUAUCCUACCUCGCUAACACAAUCCGCACCCAAAUCGACCUCUCCAACCGUCUCGCCACCGCUGCCCUCACUAUGGGCCCAGGCGAUGGCAACACCGAGAACAAGGGUGGUGACCGCAAAGAAGGCGGCAACCAACGCAACAACAACAACCGACAAGGAGGCGACCGCGGUGGUCGCCGCAACGAGCAGUAA